AGCAGCUUUGAGCGGAGAGAAACCAGAAGCACCUGCAGACACAUUUGCCUCUUUGGGCAGAAAUUUUUUCCAUCUUCUUAUGAGACUGGUCAGUACCUCUACCUCUUUGACUUUUGGCGCUGUUCUGUGAACUUUUUUUUUUUUUUUAUGUGCCUGUGAGUGAACACUAAAAGCCGCCUGAAUGUAUAACAUGAUGGAAACCGAGAUCAAGACCCCUCUCCCGCAGUCCAACUCGGGCUCGGCGCCGGGCGCAAAGAACAACAGUGCCAGCGACCAGGAGCGGGUGAAGAGGCCGAUGAACGCCUUCAUGGUCUGGUCCCGGGGACAGCGGAGGAAGAUGGCUCAAGAAAAUCCCAAAAUGCACAACUCUGAAAUCAGCAAGCGGCUUGGUGCUGACUGGAAACUUCUGACCGACGCUGAAAAGAGGCCAUUCAUCGACGAGGCCAAGCGUCUACGCGCUAUGCACAUGAAGGAGCAUCCGGAUUAUAAAUACCGUCCCCGCAGGAAGACCAAGACCUUGCUCAAGAAAGACAAGUAUUCUUUGCCCGGAGGGCUGUUGCCGCCAGGAGCCAACGCCGUCAACAACUCGGUGUCGGUGGGGCAGCGGAUGGACGGUUAUGCGCACAUGAACGGAUGGACAAACAGUGCGUACUCCCUCAUGCAGGACCAGUUGGCCUACCCUCAGCAUCACAGCAUGAACAGCCCUCAGAUUCAGCAGAUGCACCGAUACGAGAUGGCAGGGCUCCAGUACCCGAUGAUGUCCUCGGCUCAGACCUACAUGAACGCGGCGUCCACGUACAGCAUGUCUCCGGCGUACACGCAGCAGACCACCAACGCCAUGGGACUGAGCUCCAUGGCGUCCGUGUGCAAGACCGAGCCGAGCUCACCGCCGCCGGCCAUCACGUCCCACUCUCAGCGGGCGUGUUUGGGGGACCUGAGGGAUAUGAUAAGCAUGUACCUGCCUCCCGGCGGGGACAGCGCGGAGCAUUCCUCCCUGCAGAGCAGCCGGUUACACAGCGUCCACCCGCACUAUCAGACCGCAGGGACUGGCGUCAAUGGGACGCUACCUCUCACCCACAUCUGAGAGCAACAGAAAGAAAAGACUAAAAACUUUAAAAAAAAAUAAAAAAAAGUACUUUGGAUACUUGAACUUUUUGGUUGCUAAAGAAACAACGUUCAACAGUUUUGUUCAAAAACAACUUUAUCUCAAUAUCAUUUGAGUUGUCCAUUUUAAAUGAAUUUUAAAUGGAUCGAAAGUGAACGUUGAGCCCAUCAGAGUAAAUUGCAUUGCAAAGAGGCUUUUUAUCACAAGUAUAAGCAAUCAACAUAUGUAGAAGAAUUGGACUUCUAUAUUUUAAAUAAUGCCAUAUUUUCUCUCUAUGAAAAGGCAUGUGGCCUCGUGAAGAGGCUGGUGUAUUUCAGAAAAGCUGGAUGGAAAGUUGGUACAUAAAUGUUUACACUUAAUUUGUAGAAUGUCAGUUGUCUCGACUGUGUCCAAAUUUUGUAGUCUCUCUCUCUCUCUCUCUCUCGCUCUCUCUCUCUCUCUCUCUCUCUCUCUUUUUUUUCUCCCCCCCCCCUCAUGACCUAGGUUAAAUGAAAUGUUAAGACUGUGCGGGUCGCAAACGCAAGUUUUAUUUAUAGUAAGAUUUUUUCUUUCUUUUUAGCUUGUGAACCCGAUGUUUUUGUCACGUGAAAAAUGUUCAAAUUUGUUUUUGUAAGAUGUUCUGUUCUGUGAUGGUUUUGACAGUGUCAUGUUUACUCAUUAUCCUGAACGAAAACGUUUAUUUAAACUGACGUUUCUACAUAUUUUAAGACCAUCCUCUAUUCUUAAAUGCUGA